CCUCGGGAUCAUUGCCACCAGCACGGACAUGAAGGCCAAGCUAGCUCUAAGCUGCGGGUUGUUUUCAACUUCCAGAGCAUUGGGCCUCCGUGUCGCAAACUCAUCCCCACAUCACUUCAAGCAUGCUACGAUAUGGGCGCGAACCAGUUGUAUUCCGAUUUGCCUGCUACCGAUGGAGCACUUAUAACCGCAGCUGAAGCUGAUUUUCUCGAAAAGUAUCAUGGCUUGAUUGGCCCAAAGCUCCUCCGGUUUCGCGAAAAGAAGAGACGCAUACGUCAAGAAUACUGCACCCAGCGCGACCGCUUACAGAGGCAACAUGCCGACGAACUUUUCGGACUCUAUCGCGACUUGCGCAUGGAGUGUUUCGAGAGCCAUCGAUUGCAGUACCUGCGAUGGCGAACCGACUUGUGGAACGUGUGGGGGCAGUAUUGCUAUAAUUUCCACAUCGUCAGCAUGGUCAUCUUCAUCGCUCUCAUGGCGUGGGCUCAUGACUUCUGGGUGGAGAGGAUAAAGGGAUACUGGCUGCGUCAGCGUCAGCGGUUGCAAAGCCGGGAUCUUUACGAGUUGCACGAUGGAGAGCUUUGGGAUCUUACGAUCAUGUAUGCGGCUGAAUAUGGGUGGGACGCGAUAGAAGACAAUACUGGGUUCUUCCUCAGGCCUGACACGACAAAUUUUGACCCUAGCGCGAAUGAGUGGUGGUAAUGUAAUAGCAGACCUUGCGUUGAUAUUGCAUUGCAAACAGAGAUCGGAGGCUGGAGGUUCAACGAUUGUAUGUUCUGCUUGUUGCAUAUUUCUGUCCUGUAUUAUAGGGACGAGACAAUAUUCCAACUUCGAACUACCCCUUCUGCAUUCAUACAUUGGUCCCCCCGAGAAGAAGAGAUAGAUACUCAAAUUCAGGGCCUUGAUGCAGCCGAUUAAUUAAGUAGCUUAUUAGACUAUUCACUCAGUCAUUCCUAC